AUGCUACUGGAGGAAACUUUAGUACCAGGGAAAGUGGAUUGGAGGGGGAGACCAGCUAAGAAAGACAAACAUGGAGGAAACUUCAGUUCCUUGUUUAUACUGGCUCUCUAUGGAAUGGACAGCUUUGCCACAUUGGCACUAGCCGUUAAUAUAUCCACAUACUUCUUCGAUGUAAUGCAUUUUGACUUGAAUGAGUCGACUAAAGUGCUUACAGAUUUUCUGGGGACAAGUUACAUCCUGACUAUAGUUGCAGCCUACGUUUCAGAUGCCUUGUUAGCCAGAUACAAAGUUAUUCUCAUAUCAGCUUCAAUUGAAAUCCUGGGACUCAUAUUACUAACAGUGCAAGCCAAAACUAAGACACUUAAGCCAACCCAAUGCAUUAAUCCCUUCGAUCCCACUUGUGAAAAAGUCCAUGGAAGUGAUUCUGCUUUCCUCUACAUCUCUAUAUACUUAAUCGCCAUCGGCACAGCUGGCAUAAAGGCCUGUGUGCCAACUCAUGGUGCUGACCAAUUCGAUGAGGACAAUCCAAAGGAAGCGAAGAACUGA